UUAUCAAUACGACAAAACUGAAAAUCAGUAUCACAUCAUUAUGAUUUUAAUAUCAACCAAUCAAACUGAAAACAAUUAACAAUAUACAGAGAAAAAUGAUAGUUUUUAGCAAUCAAAUGCUACAAAUUUGAUAUAAAAUUAAAUCAAACUUGUUAUUUACUCUUAUUAAUUUGUUAAUCGAGGUUUAAUUAUGUCACAAUUAGGUGGGUUUAUUGUUUUCUUGCUGAUUGGUUUGACCAUUGGGGUUAAUUGUUACUCUCAAAAAUAUGAACCUACAUGGGAAUCAAUUGAUUCUCGUCCACUUCCUGAUUGGUACGAUAAUUCAAAGGUAGGAAUUUUCAUCCAUUGGGGUGUCUUUUCAGUUCCAGCUUAUCGAAGUGAAUGGUUCUGGUUCUAUUGGAGACAGAAUCGUGAAGCUGAUUGUGUCCAGUUUAUGGCCCAAAAUUUCAAGCCCAAUUUUACGUACGCUGAAUUUGCACCAAUGUUUACAGCUCAAGAUUUUGAUCCAGAUUAUUGGGCAUCGGUUUUCCAAUCGUCCGGUGCUAAAUACGUUGUACUGACCAGUAAACAUCACGAAGGUUUUACCCUUUGGCCUUCCAAAACUUCAUGGAACUGGAAUGCAAUGGACGUUGGACCAAAAAGAGAUCUAGUUGGUGACCUGGCAACUGCCGUGCGAAAAACGGAUGUAAGAUUUGGACUUUAUCAUUCGUUGUAUGAAUGGUUCAAUCCCUUGUACGAAUCAGAUAAAGCUAACAAUUUCACAACCAGAAUCUUUCCCCAUGCGAAAACGAUUUCUGAACUUUAUGAUAUCGUAAACACUUACAAGCCCGAAGUGAUUUGGUCCGAUGGCGAUGGUGAAGCUUCUGAUGAUUAUUGGGGAUCAAAGGAGUGGAUCGCUUGGCUUUACAAUGAAAGUCCAGUCAAAGAUACUGUUGUUACUAAUGAUCGUUGGGGAUCUGGAAUCAUGUGUAAUCAUGGAGGUUUUCUUACCUGCCAAGAUCGCUAUCAACCUGGAACUUUGCAAACUCGUAAAUGGGAAAACGCGAUGACCAUUGAUCAAAAUUCAUGGGGUUAUGUCCAAACAUCAACAGUCAACGAUUACUUGACCAUUAAAGAUAUAAUCAAAACGCUUGUUCAAACCGUCAGUUAUGGUGGUAAUCUAUUGAUCAACAUUGGUCCAACCGGAGGGACAUUACCACCGAUCAUGGAGGAGAGAUUAAGACAAAUGGGAGCUUGGUUAAAGGUCAAUGGUGAGGCAAUUUACCACACUCAACCUUGGGUUUACCAGAAUGAUUCAAUUACUGAACAAGUGUAUUACACAGAACCGAAAGAAUCAAAAGAAUCAAUUGUCUAUGCGAUUCUUUUAAAUUGGCCUGAAGGAAAUAUAAUCAAUUUGGGCUCCGUUUAUGGUAAACUUAAUUCAACCAAAGUAAACCUAAUUGCUCCGGAUGGUGUAUUAAUCCCUUGUAAUUGGUACAAUGAUUUAGAUAAAAAAUUGCGAAUCAAUCUCAAGCCAAUCAUCUCAGAUCUUAAUGGUUGGGUGUUGAAGAUAACUAAUCCAGUUAUUAGAAAAUCCCAAUACUAAUGUACUUUCAUGAAGAUGAAUCAAUUUCUACCAACAAUCGAAGUAUUUUUUCAAUUGAAUAAAAUGUUAUCCUAAAAA